CGCCAGUGUCAUCGCCAUCAAUGCCCUUGUCACCAUGUCCAUCAUGGAGAAGCCAUCGCUCCCGGAGCACAGCACUGCCUCUGAAGAGGAGUUUCUCAGCAGACGAUUUCCGACCAAGAAGAAUCUCGAGCCGAUUCAGCAGGCAGCAGAAGACCCCGUGCUGGAACUAUGGCACGACGGGAGCGUCCCGGCUCUGGUGACGCUCAUCCUGUUUACCAUCAUCGUAGUGCCCAUAGUUUCCAUCCUACUGGUGCGAAUCGGCGUGGACAACCCGUUGUCCGCCGGCGGACUUACCGAGGCGUCGCUGAGGUCUCUGGGCUUUGACGACGACAUCGGCCACGAUAUUACACGCCGGAGAAAGAAGCAGAACUGGACGGUUCGAAGCGACAUGCCGGGACCGGGAGAUUUCCCAGAAUUCAUAGCCUCCGGCAACGAAAGCGAGACAUCGCCUACUUCAGCGAAGUCGGCAUUUUCGUCCUUCCUAACUACGUACCCGGACUCGUUGCCGACGACGAAGGAACCUGUUAUUCGACGCUACCGUCCAGCAUACAGCAGUGACACGACGAGCUCCCACAGUCCGUGGCAUUUCCAUAAUGAUAAUAAGGUGCGUCGCAGGAGAAGGAAGAACAACAUCAACAAGUUGGGCGUCGUGAGGACGAAGAAGAAGAAGAAGAAGCAAAGGAAGAGUACGACUUUUCGCCAUGGUCUCCAUCUGUUUCGCAGUUGAGACGCCGGUUUUAACGCGAUACUUUCUACUUGAACCGGAAGUUUAUGAGGAUGUGUGAAUUAAAAUUCUUCACGAAUACAG